UUACUGUAUCCUUACGCUGGACUACCUGCAAUAAUCGAGUAGUCUUGUGGCUUCAAGUUGAAAUUACGUUCAGUGAAAUAUUUAUUUAAUUAUUUGCAAACUGUGAGCUGAGUGUACACAAAACUGCAUCCAGAGUGUCAACAAGACGUUUAGAACCGCCGUGGUUGACUAAUUUGUCUCUUUCUUUGGUGAGUUAUAAUAAAAUUUUCCAAAAUUCCGGUCCCUACAAGAAAACGAGAAGGCGCCUAUCCCGGCAGGAACGAGGAGGGCAAGAUGAAUAACAAGCGGAAAAGUCGCUCAAGUACAACAAGGUCAUCACGCACUCGACCAGAUAGGAGUGUAACUGCUGAUGGCAUCUAUCAAAAUGCACCCUUCAUGUAUGCAAGUACUAGUCUUGUAGGAAAUACCGUUCAGGUUCUGACUCUGAAUGGUUCUGUUUUUGAGGGUGUGUUCCGCACGUUUUCAAGCGCCUUUGAAGUAGUGCUUGAGAUGGCCCACAAGGUUGAUCAGGCUAACCCAGCUAAGAUUAAUGUUGAUACAGUGGUUGAGAAACUUAUCUUCAAACCAGAAGACAUUGUUACAAUUGCAGCGCAGGAUGUUGACCUUGAGUUUGCUACAAGAGGUGCAUUUAAGACGGACACUGCCAUUUCCAAGUUUAAUGGACAGGUGCCUGAAAAAAAACUGGAACCAUGGAUAGGACCAGGUUGCAAUGGAGAUGAUGGCUAUGAACUUGAAGCAACCAAUGCCAAUGGUUGGAACGUUGAAGAAAUGUUUAGGAAGAAUGAGCAGGUAUAUGGUGUACAAUCAUCAUUCCAACCAUCCCUUGAGGGUUACACACUGCAGUUGCAGAAGAAGGACACCAAAGAUUAUAAAGAGGCAGAAGCAAAGGCUGCCAAAAUAGCAAGCGAGAUUGAAGCAAAUCCAAAUUACAAAGCUCGUAUAGAUGUUGAAAAUGGCGAUGAGGAGGACAUAUUUGCUGCAGUGAUUCGUCCCUCUGAAACACAAAAUGUGGGAUUAGGUGCUGGAAGUGGUGGUACUCUAGAAGGAGGAAAAUAUGUUCCACCUGCCAAAAGAAAAAAUCCACAGACUGGGAAAUUGGUUCGAUCCACUCCGCCUCCCCCUUCUCAGCCUCAGCAACAAAUGCAUUCGCCACAGCAUGCACAACCCCCACAGCCUCAAAGUCUGCCUCAGCAGCAGCUGCCAUCACAAGCAUCACCCCAGCAACCACCACUGCAACCGCAGCAGCAAGCACCACUCCCUGCAAGAGCAGGAGGAGGGGCAUAUCUCCAUCCACCCCCCUUUCAACCACCAUCAGUCACUGCCACCCCUGUAGUUUCAUUGAACCAACCUCCCCCUGUCCCGCAUAUACAUGGUCCUGGGUAUACACCAGUACCCUCUCAACAACAGCCUCCUCUGUCACAAAGGGAACCAAAUAAAAUAAAUGGAAUGGACUCAAAGAGAUCUCUGCAGCAGAUACGCUCAGGUCCACGUGGUGCAUUUCCUGUGUCAGAUCCUCCUCGGUAUCCUGCAGAUCAGCCUCAGCAAGGUCCUCUUCCUCCAAGAGUUGAUCCUAAAUUGAGUCAUCACUCCCCUGGUGGUAUUCCACCCGCUCCUUUCCCUAGCAGUGGCAGUGCAACACAUAGUAACACACCAGCUCAGGUGCUCACUGCCCCAGCUCCAGCGGUGGCUGGUGCUCCUUCAGUAGCUUCUCCUACACUAGUAACAACUCCUCCAGUUGUUUCUGUGCAACAGCCACCACCUGCAGUUGACAACAUAAUUGCUAUGAAAGUGGCCUCUCUUCCAGAGCAGCCGGCUGUGGUGCAGCAGGUCCCUAACACAAACACCAGUAAUGCCCCUGUAAAUAGGAAACUGCAGCAGACUUCAAGGGGGCGUGAUGAACAACAAGCUGAUUUGAAGAAGUUUGGGCAGGAUUUCAAAUUAAGUGCUGGAGAGACUGGUGAUACAGGUGCUAAUGAUUGCAAGAAGCAGGGGCAGGUGCAAUCCCCUGAAGAAGGGGUAGGGAAUAAGGACCAACAGGGUUGUGAGCCUGGUGGUAGCCCAGUUGAUAAAGUGGCAUCUACGCUAAAAAAAUCAACCCUCAAUCCUAAUGCCAAGGAGUUUGUAUACAACCCAAAUGCUAAACCAUUUACCCCGCGUUCUCCAAGUACACCCACUCCAUCACGGCCACACACUCCGCAGACACCACAAUACUGCGCAGCACCAACAGGAGCUGCUGCUGGAAUGACUGCUACAAUGGUUAUGCCAACUUACGUUGUUGCAGCAGCUAACCAACCUAAUGCAUUCACUCCACAAAAUCAAAACAGCCGAUUCCGUAAAGUGCCAAUGCCAAUGCCUCAUCGUCCAGACAUUGCAUCUCAAAUGCAGGUGGCAGCAGCUACAGGUCAGCCAUUGUUGGCUCCUGCCCCUAUACCUACUCAGUUUGCAUUGCCAUAUCCACAUCAAGGGCAUCUACCACCUCAGACACAGUAUCAACAUGUGGUCCGUAUGGUACAGCAGGGUGCAGGCAUGGUUCCUAUAGGAGCUGUACCAACAUCAAUGAGUUAUCAUCAUGAAUCACCUGGACCUCAGCCCCCACCAGGGCCUCAUCAACUUCAGUACAUGUCCCCUGCCCCGCCUACAGGCAUGGGGCCACCACAUCAUGGCCAUCCACAUCAUCCCCAUCCUCAUCACCAUGGACACCCUCCUCCACCUUCUCAGCAGGGUCCACCUCCACCCAGUGGACCAUCACCUGCACAAGGGGCCACUCCUAACCCACCAGGCCCUCCACAUACUCCUGUAGGUGCUCCAAAUAAUGGAGGUGCAGCAGGCGGAGGUGCUUACCACCACCAUCCGCAAGGUGGCCACCCGCAGUCUCCAGCUGGGGCACCGCCAGCUACUUACCAGCAGCCACCUCCAGGACCACCACAAGGGCACCCUCCUAGUGGACCCCAUACAUACUCUAUAAUGUGUCCAGUGCUGCCGCCAGGACAGCUGCCUCCGGGUGCACAUAAUCCACAUCAUCCUAUGAUGCAACAAGCUAGCAUGCAGCAAGCUGCAGUGCAGUACAUUCAUCACCAGCACCAAGUGGGCAGCACUCAGCCACAUAUUCAAGUGAUACUGCCUCAUAACCAAUGAUGAGAGGGUAUCAAUUAGUAGCAAAAAAACAACUAAAUAAUAAUUAAUAAUAAUAAUUAUAUACAGUAAAGCAGUAAAACAGAAGUUAAAAGCAUACCCCAGACAGUGCACGUGGCAGAAAAAGAAUAACUUUUUUGCUGGGAAGGCAGAUGUUCAGAGAUUAUUAGCUGAUAAAUAUGAGAUUGUUAUUGUUAUAGUAUGUUGGCAGAGUGGUUGGGACUUUAUGUGGGAGAGGUCUGUGAUGAGAAGAGAUCAUACCAGUUGGUGUAUGCAAAGGUGGAGUAUUUGCUUCUGUUGAGUAACAGGUCCAUAAGGUUACAGAACUGAUUGCCUUAUAACCUUUGUUGGCAUGCAGUGGUUUUACCUGUAUUUGCCUCUCACUGAAAUAAGUGUAUUGUAACUGCAUAGUGUUCCUAGCAUAAAGAUAAGUGAAUGGUAUUGUGAGUGUGUGCAUUGUACAUUGUAUUGCUGUUACUAUGCUAAGUGGUAUAUUGGUAAUCUUCAGAAUACUGAAAGAAAUAAGAAACCCUUGCUUGGUAAUCUUUGGGGGGGGGGGGGGGUUCUAUUUUUAUGUGUAAGGGAAACAGUCAAGAAAUAAUUACAAGUAUUACUGUGGGUGGUCUAAUUUUCCUUAGCAUGAUGUUUCUCAUAAAAGGAGAUUUUUGUGCAAUGUGGCCAUCAUUGGGAAUGCCUGCAGGUGAAACUGAAAGUACACAAAGCCCAUCCCUUAUAGAUGACAUUGCUGUUUCACGUAAGUUUCUGACCCCUUAACUUUUCCAUUCUGUUUCUUCCUUUUGGGUGAUACUGUCUGGGAAUUGUUAUCUAGUGUCCCAUUGCUGACAUUCAAACGAAGUUACUAAACGCCUAAAGGGGAUUCAUUUAAAUUUUUUUAAUAUGAUGCUUUUUUAAUGCAUUCUACACAAGUUCCAGAAAAUGCCAUUUGUAUUUAUCUGUGGUCUGUGUUUUGAUUGCAGGUGUUCAGGGUUAAUUUAAUCUAUAAUAUAUUCAGAGUGGUUCCCAUUACUCUGAAAUCAAAAUUGUUCUUACACAUUUAGACCUUGGUUAGUGUUGCUGCAUUGUUCUGAUUUUGAGGGAAUUACAGUAUUAACUGACAUUGUUGUACUAUACACAUGAAUAUGUCACAUAACUGUAGAAGAUGAUCAUCUGAUUGUACUUUGUCAUAUUGACAAUGUGUAUAGUUAGAAUUCAUGCCAGAAAUGGAAAAAGAAUGUUUAGUCAGAUGAUUCAAUUUUGCAUAUUUCUUGUGUUGUACUGAAGACAUACCCACAUGUCUGUUUGCUCAGAAAUGGGGUGGUUAUUUCCUCUACCAUUGAUUGUUAAGUGAGAUUUCAGGUUCUCAUGGUGACAAGUAUGAGAUGACUGUCUUCUGGGAUGUUGUGAAUGUAGUCUGGUAGAAAUUAACCAAUGUUUCAGAGGCUCUGCAGUUUCUACCAGAUUGCACAGUGCAACAUCCCAGGAGACAAGUCAUCUUCAUUGAAUAUAAGAUUUGUGUUGGGAAGGGAAUGCAUUUUCACAUGUUAUUUUGCAUCUCCAUAAAAUUAAUUUUAAAAUAGUAUAUCAGUUGGCAGGGUGUAUUUAUUAUGUUUGGUGGAUAUUCUAACAUGGUUCAGUUAUUUGUAUAUACCAUUAAUUUAAUCUUCUUAUCUUUGUUGAAUGUCCAUUGUACAUUAAAUUUCAGCUAGAUGUGGCAGCAGACAAUUACACUAUAGAAUUAAACAUUGCUAUAUUAAUGAAUUAAAUGAUAUUUAAUUAGAAACAUUUGCAUAAAUGUCUUUCAGACAAUUCAUAUAUGCACUCUAAUUGCAUUUACAUAUCUGUAACUAUUUUAUUUUUGGAAUGGAAGUUCAAACAGAUACACCUGUUAAAUUAUAAAGAAAUAUCAGUUAUAUCUUUUGCUGUCACAUAAUUUAUCCUUUCUUGUUCUUUAUUUUCUCCAUUAUUUCUGUAUUAUGUGCACAAAAGCUGUAAGCAUCUUAUUGAUAACUAUUUGGUGGUGUUACUGUGGUUUAAAGAGUGGCAGUAUUGUUGAAGGAAAUGUACUCGCAUGUUUUCAAAUUGAUUUGACUCCAGGAUUUCCUGUGCAAUUGAGACAAAGUACAUUGGAGUCUUAUUUCCUGUGAGAAGGUUUUAAAACAUCGGUGAAGAUAAUACUGAAGAAUGGCAACACUCAUGUGUGCCGAGUGGGCUUUUAACACAUGACGGACAGACGUUUUGUCAAUGCUGCUGUGAAAAAAGGGGAGGUGAAGAGUGUGGGAAGGAUGAGACUGAAAUUCAUUCUGCUGUGAGUAGGAGUCUAAACAGUUGACAAAAAUAAUUAACCAUUACAAAAUAUUUGGAAUUAUCUGUAUUUUUAUUAUUCUUGCAUCUCCCCCAUCAUUAUCCAGAUAACCAGGAGUGUACUGUGCAAUACUGUACUUUAUCACAACCCAGAAGACCAGAAUCCAGAUUGUCAACACCAAUGAAAAUCUCAAAUUUAAUUUUGGAAUGUUUUUAUUCUUUUCUUUAUAUAGUUUCUGUUUAAUUCUUCGUUACUAAAUUUUUGUAAUAUUGAAAAACGUUUUCCUUAACAGUCCUGCAUUGUAUUGAUAUUGUAGGUUUCACAAACAUGGUGUGAAAUAAUAUUUAAAGUUAUGAUGGAAACUGAGUUUCAAAUGUUUCAGUUGUAUGAUCUUGAUCUCUGAUAUGGUGGAGCUUCAUUUACUUGAAAGUUGAUGCAAUAUGUGCAGAAACGGGUAUUACUGUGACUGCUGUUUAUGAUUCCACAAUGUUUGAAAAGUGAAGUAAACAAUGAAGUGAUAUAGAGGGCUGCUACUGGAACAGAACUCAUACACAGUACUUUCUUUAUUAUAGAUAUAUAAUAGUAAGGAAUCUGUCUUUGUACAGGCCCUUUAAGUGAAGUAUAGGACUAAAACUUUAAACCAUUAUUGUUAGUUAUAAGCUUAGUUGUAUACUUUUUGAGGUACAACUGUCUCCAUAUUUUGAAACAUCAGGAGAUAGGACUGCAUUUUGGAAUGGUGAAGGCUCCCACUGAUUAAGACAGUUCUAUAAUACUUGCUGUUCUGUGUGCAUUGGUUUGAAUCUUUGUGACCAGUGCAUGUUGUAUGCUGUGAUGUUAACACAUUGGUCUCCUGUUUGUUAUGUGUAUGGAGUCAUGUUUACAGAGUACCAAUAAGUGUAUGUAGUAUAAAUGUACAGUAAAAUAAAUUCCAUUGUGUAAUAUUUUUAGAACAGGUAGUACAGUGGACCACAGAAGGAAGGUUGGGGUAUUGUUUACCUCACCUUAAACAUUGUGGAAAAAGGUAUACUAUUACUAUUUUAUAGGCAAAUAUUGUUUUUAAAGGUGACAUGAUGAAAUUAUGGUCUGUGACCCCUUGGUACUAAUGAAGUGCUCUCAUUGUGAUGUCCUUCCUUUCAUAAAUUUAAAAUGUAAGUGAUAAUUUUAUUUGGUGAUCUUGCAGUCACAAUUUGUUCUCACUGUCAUUAGAAUGUUUGUGAAACAGACAUUGAAUAUGUAGGCUGUUACUUUAAAUUAAAAGAAAUGUGGUGGUUCAUGAAAUUAUAUCAGUUACAGAUUAAUUAAUUUUGUGUAAACUGAUAGGACUGUACAGGUAUUGAUGCAGCAAACUGGUACUUCCUAUGAACAUUAAUUCUUUCAGUUUCAGUAAUUACACUUGUUUUACAAUUAUCAGUUUAUAUAAGUACUGCUAUUGUUUUUAACUUUCUAACCUUAUUUUAUUAUGUUUUACAUCCAAAUCUUACUGUACUCUAGAUGUCCACGUAACAGUUGGUUUGGAAAUAUUGUGUUAUAAUCAUUGGCUUUAUAUGCACAUAUAAUUUGUUACUUAUGUUCGUAAUGAAAUGAAUAUGGUCAGUAUUGUUUGCCUGAGUUGCCAUUCCUUACAUCACAGCAACACAGUUAUAAAAAGAGAAAAUGUCAAGUUUUAGCAGUGAAGGUACACUAUGCAGAUGUUGGUAUGUUACAUUCUAGUUAAGUGCAGUAAAGGGUUAAACAUAAGACCUUGAUUAUUGCAAUGUAUAAAUAUUAAAAACAUUUUGUUUGACUGAUGAUGCAGAUACAGAUGAGUGAUGGAGAAUAUUGAGUUGAUGGUGUUUUAGAAUAUGUUACAAUAUUCAGAAACACAAGCCACUAUCCAUCAUAUGACGAAUAAAUUAAUCCUGCAAUGUUACGAUAAAUUUAAAUUUUUAUGUAUGCUGCGAGGACAUUUUUAGCAGUAUUGUCUGUUUUUGAAGGUCUGUGGAGCUGUAAAUAAGAUGCCAUAUUGUGAAAUUGGUGGAGACAGAUUUUAGAAGUAGAUGUAAUGAAUGCCAACUAUAAUGCUAGUUAGCAUUGACUUUGUCAGUAUUGUUCAGCAUUACAUUGGCAGUGUGAAUAUUAUGUCUGAAGGGAAUACUUAAAAUCUUCAGUCUGAUCACAUCUGGUGGAAUGUUUUUGUGUUGUAGGGUGAUGAACUGUGAGUAUGCAAAUUGUAUUUGCUUAGAGUUUAUGCAUUGACACCACUGAAGUUUUGCUUUGAUGUUGAGCAUUGAUUCCCUUGAAGACUUUCCAUAUUCAGACCAGUUUGUUAUUAGACAACAUAAGAUCAUAUUGCUGCCUUCCCACAGAUAGGUCAUUCUUUAUAAUUUGCAUGGGUUGGAAAGCUUUUCUUCAUGGAAUCAGAAUGGUAAUUAUCUGAUUAUUGAUGAAGUGCUAUACCACCCUUCAAAAACAAUGAGUUUUUGAUUGUGAUCUUGGUCUGGCCUCUAGAUGGUGGACCAAGGCACAGUUUAGAGUAAAUUUUAUAUUGAAAUAAAAUUGAAUGCAAUAAAAUGAGAAGAAGAAUCAUU